CCAAAUCUUAGUUAGUAUUCUCGAUACGGUUUGAGCAGGGAUACGCGAUGGAAUAUUUGAGCUUUGAUCUGUCGUCUAAGUCGCUUACUUUAAAAAAGCGAGAUAUUCUUCCUAAACCGGCAGCAAAUGAAGUACGAAUUAAAAUCGCGUAUUCCGGAAUCUGUGGGACGGAUCUUCAUAUUUUGGAAGGUUCCUUUCCGUGUAAAGAGAAUGGGCCUUUAACUCUUGGACACGAGUUCGUAGGUACGAUCGAUGAACUUGGAUCGGAAGUGACCAUAUUUAAGGUCGGUCAACGAGUCGCCGUGGAUCCUAACAGCGGAUGCAAUAAAUGCGAUCACUGCCACAAUGCAAAUUAUCAUUUUUGUGAAUUCGGCGGUAUAAAUAAUACGAUAGGAAUUUUUAGGGAUGGAGGAUGGGCCACACACGCGCUUGUCCCAGAAACGCAGGUUUAUUUGAUCGCGGAUGAAAUUGAAAUGUAUCAAGCAGUGCUGAGUGAGCCCUUGUCGUGUCUUACUCACGGUUGGGACAAACUCAAUCCCGUAAAUGUAGGGAACAGAGUUCUCGUAAUAGGCGCCGGUAUUAUAGGUUUACUAUGGGCCUGUCUACUUCAUUUACACGGUCUCAGAAAGACUGUCACUAUUAGUGAACCGCAACAAAAACGGAGAGAACUCGCCACCCAUCUUGGUCUAGAUUACCAAGUUAAAAAUCCAAACGAAAUAAAAGAGGAAUUUGAUAUAGCUGUGGACUGCAGCGGCUCUGCUCCAGCGAUGGAAGCGGCCAUUUCUUUAUUAGAUCACGGUGGUCGCCUAUGCGUAUUCGGUGUCGCUAAUCCGAAAGCGAAGCUGUCAAUUGAACCAUUUCAGGUUUAUAAGAAAGAGCUGACCAUCGUAGGCGUGAUGGUAAAUCCCUAUUCUUUUCUUAAAGGAUUAGCUUUGUUGCAGCCAAUGUCUGAGAAAUAUCUCGAUUAUAAUAAGUUAGGAAUUAAAGUAUUCUCUUUGUCCCAAUAUAAAGAAGCUCUGGACGCGUUGAAGAAGGGAGACAUAAGCAAGGCUGUUUUCAAAUUGUAAAAUGGGUUUUUUAUAUGUUGGAAUAGAAAAAAAUAAGAUAUAUUAUUUUUAUAAAGUUUCAUUAUUAUAAUAUUAAAGCCAUAAUAUAUUUGACAGUAUACAUAUAAAUUGUAUUACAACGUAUAUAAAUAAUACUACAGUUAUUACAGAUAUUAUGAGUAUCAUGGCGUCGAGAUUCAAAUACAAAUUACAAUAUUAACAAGUAUAAAAUCGUAUAAAUUUGUAAAGAGUAUAUAAAAACUUGACGCACGCGGGGAUCCUCUUAUUUUAUUGAGAUUCUAUAUUCCUAUUUUUACUUAUUGGGGGUUAUAUAUCAUGAUAUGCCUUGUUAAAAAAAAAAAAUUUAGUUAUAAGUGUGCAGAGUAAAUAGUUUAGCAAGAAAUAUGUGCCUGAUAAAACACAUUAAAUGUUAUCUUAUUUAUGUACGUACAA